AUGUCAUCGAACCCUAGUGUUCAGAGGAUUGUUGUAGAAUCAACCAGCGCUUUACCGAUACAAUCUGUCGCCUCCGUACAACGUUAUACGGAAGGGCUUCCGAGGGUCUGCGCCUAUACACUUAGAGAACUUCUGGAUGAUGCCGAACGAAGUGAUGCUGCUGUUGACACAAACAAACUGGACCGCUGUAUCUGUGCACACCUUCGCUUUCAGUGUCAUAAUCUUUGUGCAGAGCUUUUCGCUGUUGACGACUUUGAGAACUCCCAAAAUGUCCGAGACCUCAUUGUAGCUAAUCUACGAACCCCGCCAUACCAUCAGAGCCUACGCCUGCAACCCCUAGUGUGGGGUCGUCUUCUUUCCAAGAUCCUACCCUUUGACCAUAAAGUGUAUGAACUUCUGUUCCAUGCACUUCCGACAAUCUACUGGCAUGCCAAUUUCAAAUGUCCUCCCCAUUUCUUUCCAAAUGCAGGAUUACCAAUAUUGAUGACACCCACAGGUGACCAUCUGCAGACUCUUUUCAAAGCCAUCUCCAAAUCCCUCUUCAUGUCCAUUGGCAAUAUCUUGCUCAAAGGCUGUGACGAUUUUGAGGACCAGGAUAGUGUAUCCUAUCAUGAUUCCACAUCACAGCUCUCUGAUCCUGAUGAUUCCCGAGUUCAACUUCUCUUGAGCAUGGCAGGUUCCUCUUCGAUACACAGGAUGAAUGCACUUGAUUCCUCUCCGGAAACAUUUUUCAGAGCUGUCCUACUGGGAAUUAUGGCUUACAUGGGUGUCAAAAGUGAUAUAAUCAAUCAACCCAAAGGCAGCAUGUCUCCCGUUCCCCUUGACAACAAUCGCUCUACUGUACUAAGGCUGCUCUACAUGUUAGUUUCAUCAGAGGAGUACCAUGUUGGCAACGAUUCAAUGUGCAUUAAAGAUCAGUGUCUCACCUUGAUCAUCUUCUUUCGGGUUCUCAACUGCACAUACCCUCACCCUGAAUAUAACUUUUCUGCCGAGUUGACCGCCAAAUUCGUGUCCAUUGCUUUUCAGGAUGAUGCAUGGUUAUCGGGCCCUGAGAUGGGCCGUUUUUCCAUCGGAGAAGCAGCUGAACUCGUCAUCCAUCUAUUUGAGCAUUCUUUCACCAUGAAUGUGGCCUUUGCUCAUUUUGUUGACAAGCAACUCUUUGGCUCCUUCUCCAUCUCCCGCUCCUCUGAUUGGGACCUAUCAACCAUCAUAGGCACCUUUGUCGCCAGGCUGUCAUCUGGAGAAUUGGAUCCUCUGAUACAGCAGAGAUCUCUGGACUACCUCCAUGAGCAUGGGUCCCUUCACACAGCUUGCACUGUUCUAAUUGUUAACAAUAACAUCACUGCACUUCGUCAACUCACACUCCUGCAUUGUAAUGACCCUGUUUGGCCCCAAUGCUUGCAGAGUCUUCAGGAGGAAGAACACCAUCUUCAACAGCUUUUCGGCUAUCCCAAAGAGUGGAUUACCUGGUGCAUUGCAGAUCUCAAAGCUGACAUCGAACAAAAUUGGAUAAAACUCGCAACAGGUGUGCAUAGCUCUGGCAUGACUCACGACAUGCGACCUGUUCAGGAAGACAAUGAACAGAUAAAAAGUGCUUGGUCAAAAGUGAAAGUACUGCCCCCUCUAUUACAUUGGGUCAGGCAGCACCACACUAGAGAAGCUCUUUCUGAGGAAGUAGAACUGGUCUAG